AUGUCUUCUACUAAUCAGCGUCGUUCUACAAUUCGACAACCAGUCGAGCUUGAAGAUCCGAGAUCAACACCAGAUCCGAAGAGAUACUCUGAACCACCCGCAUUGGGGCACAGAUGUGUUCUGUGCCGCAAACUCCGGUCCACGGCUUACCAGAGAGAUCAUCCUAUCGCUCCGGGAGAAGAGCCAAUUCCUGGGGUCUGUUCGCGACCAGCAUGCAGCGCCAGGAAGAGAGCAUGGGAUGCAUCAAAGAAGCCUUCACAGGUGAUGGUCGUGGAGAUGCACUGUUACAUUUACAACUAUGAUUGCCCUGAUCAGUCUACUGAUGCGCCACUCACGGUCGAGCUGCCUGGAGAAGAGAAGGGCUGGCGAAAGGAGCUACCCCAUGGAGAUUACUGGAAGUCGACCUGGACGCAAAAGACCCCAAGCGCGUUUAACGAUAUGCCAAAAGCGCCGCCACGGGUCACUCCCACGACCAAACCAACUUUUAUACCUCGCUAA